GUUUUAAAUAUCUUUAAAGUUCUGUUGUUUUUUAGGUUCAUACUCUGCCAGAGCGUGGUUGAGUAAAAUAUUCUUCCACAUAACGAAUUCCUGAUGAUGGCUUCAUUUAGCAGAAAGAGCUCCCAAAAAUCAUCCAGUAGAAGAUCUCAUUCAUUAAUUGAAUCACCUAUUGUAAAACGAAUUCAAAACCAACCAGUCACUUUACAGAGUUGGCUACUGAAAAGAGGAAGUGAGGGAUUAAUGCUUUGGAAAAAGAGAUGGUGUGUUCUUUCGGAUUAUUGUUUAUUUUAUUACAAAGACCAGUCAGAAGAAAAAUUACUUGGUUCACUAAUCCUUGCUUCUUAUGAAAUAUCAGCAUGUAAUCCUGAAGAAAAAGGUUUCAAAAAGUUUAGUUUUAAAGCAGAGCAUGCUAAUAUGAAAACAUUUUAUUUUGCUGCUGAAAAUCAGCUGCAUAUGGAAGAAUGGAUGAAAGCUUUAAAAUGUGCAUCUCUUCUCGAAGGAAAUUACAGUGAUGAUCGAAAAAAAUCAUCAGAUAUGAGAAUAUUUCAUCAAUCCAACAAAAUUUUUGAAGAAUCUCAAUCUACAUCAAAUAAUGAUAUGCUUUCGGGAAACCAGAAAACAUCAGAAGCUCAACCUGUUUAUGUGAAUGCUCCACCAAAACCUAAACGGCUUAAUGAGUCUUCAUCUCCUGAAUGUUCAAUUGAAAUUCAAAUUAGAGAUGACAAUUACCACACUUAUCUAGGUCAACCAUACCAUAUCCAAUCCAGCUUAUCUGGACCACAGAAUUUCACAAUGCAACCUCAACAUGCAAAUUAUGAAAGAAGAACCCCUGAUAUUUAUGGAAGGGCAAGUUUUGUCCAUCCUGUAACUAAACCUGUGAAUCUUAACAAUUUGUAUAUUCAAGAUGAACAAAAUAUUAUUUCUAACUUUUCUAAAGAACAAAUUAUAUCAUACACACCAAAACAUUCUUCAAUAAAUAGUCACUCCAGGCCACAUAGUGUUGAUUUUUUAGAAUACCAUAGUAAAAAUAGUUCCAGUGCAGUGGGUUCAGAUAUUGCUGAAAAACCAUCAAUACCUUAUAGACCAAAAUCUAGUUUAAGUGCCAUUAACUCCAAUGAAGAAGAAGGAACUCAUUGGUCAGCUGAAGAAUAUGCUAGAAAAAUGAGACAGUCCUCUAUAUCACAACAUGUAUUGGACAACAAUGACAAACCCUUCUUUCGGUCAGCAAGUGCUCGUUUAUUUAGAGCAACGAGUCCAGUUACACCAACAAAUGAGUUCAAACUGCAGACAAGUGAUCAUAAAGUUCACGAGACACCAGGCUCAAGUAGAGACUUGGAAAAUCCUGUAUCAAAUUUGUCUCCCAUUAAUAAACAGCAUAUGCCCACCUUGUCAGCUGAUCCCUGUCACUGGCCCUCCUUCUCAAUCCACCAUGGUGCUGCCUCUGGCUCGUCCGAGUCUCUCCAUGUAGUCACAGUACAACAGCCUGGGCCUGCCUCUAGGUGGAUGAUUGGUCCAAGCCCCAAAGGCCCCUUUACCUUGGGACAACAGGGUCCUCUUUAUAACGGAAACAGGGACCCAAGGUGGAUUGCCUUCACCAUGGCUUUGAGCUCCACCUGCCCCUUCACAGUACAUCAGCUGUUCUGCCAGUCUCCAGCUCAGCCUGAUGAUAUCCAAUCAUGGACCCAGCCAACUCUGUCUUUUUCUCCAUGCUAG